ACGACAUGGCUGAAAAUUACCCAAAGUCCAAACUUAAACGAAAGAAAUCCUCUGUCGAAAAGCUGAAUCUGGAGGUGUCCUCCAGGGACACAGUGAAGACGGGCCGUCUAACAGUGUUCUCCGGUGACAAGACAGCAGAGACCGAUGGGUCAGUGGUUCCUGCAGCAGCAUGGUGGAAUAGACAGCCGCUGGCUGCUGUGGAGAGUCUGUGGGCGUUCACACUGAAGUCUGCUCUGCCGUACCUGGAGAACCAGCACUGGGACCUGGUUCCUGAUCUUCCACAUCCAUCUACAGCGAGGCCAACAGCACUAAAGCUAGAUGAACAGCAGUGGUGUGACCUCAAAGAAGAGGUCGCUCCCUUCCCUGAACCCUCAACUUUGUCAAGUCCCGAUCCUGUCAGGCUCAGCUCCUCUGAGCAGGACCUCCCAGCACAGACCGAACCAGCACCACCCACCUCUGACAGACAGCUGUCCUCUCACAGCAGGCAAAGUCAUGAUGGAAAAACAGCGUCUCUUCAAGCCCCCACCAAAAGACGACGUCCGUCCCUCCACAGCUGGGAGGAGGCGGCAUCAUCAGCAGGAUGCUCAAGAGCCAGAGGAGAAGAGGGGAUGAAAGGAGGAGAGGAAGAAGAAGAGGCUGGACCAGUCAACAGAAAGCAUCUCACAGACCAGGUGAAGGUUUCUGACAGUCGAGUGUCUCUGCAGAAGGAGGGUGGAAAUAAAGAGGAGGUGGUGAAGGAUAAAGAGGAAGAGGAGGUACAGGGGAGUGUCAGAAGAGAUGGACGAGUAGCAGGAGGAGGAGAAGGAGGGCUGCAGAGCUGCCCCAUGUGCCUUCUGGUGUUUCCUGUGGGGUUCACCCAGAUGGACUGUGACGGCCACCUGGCCCAGUGUCUGUCGGAGAUGAAUGUGGACAUGACCUGGUGAGUCCACAGGAUGCUGCGUUGGCUGCUGUCCAGGAGCUGCAAGCGGCCCAGAUGCCCCACACUCUCCAGGAUCAUACUGUAUGGAGGACACACCCAGAGAGCAGCUCGUACAGUGAGGAUCAUUUACACUGGCUGUCCACUGAGAGAGGCCCCGGUGGUGGGAAGAACAUUCCUGUUAGGGAAGAGGGUUAGUUUUGAGUUUUGAGAAUUUUACACCCGGAGUAUUCUGAAAGCUGUAGUCACAAUGACUCUGAUGACUCCUCUCAGACGACCCUGCUGUCGUUUCAAAUUACCCUCUUUAGACACUAGAUCCCAAAUCUGGCUCCACUCGAGUCCAUCCACUUGGCCGCAGGCGCCUUUGAUUCCAGCUGGUCGAGAGGAUCUCCAAACUGAGAUGACAGUCCAACCUGCCUCCUCCUCUGGCAGAUGAAAGACCAAACUUGAACCAGUGCACAUCCUCCUCACAGAGCUGCUUUCAUAAAAAUCUAUUACACUGAUUGAUAGAGGAUUAUUAUUUUCUUAGAAUUAGAAAGCUGCACAGAAAUAACAACUGACUCAUUUUAAACCUAAAAGGUUACACAACCUGCCUUGUGUUUCUGGGCAGAUUAAUAAAUGUUAAUCAGGGAGCUUUAGAGGUGCCGUUCCAGUCAUUAUGCUAAGCUAGGCUAACCAUGAGAUUGAUA